AUGUCUUUAAUAGCAAACAGUAUCUCUGGCAAUGUUGUUGGACCAAGUCCAACGUUGGUAUCAGUGAUGCCAUAUCAAACCAAUUUAGUUCCCUUUGAGGAUAAACGAGGAAGUGGUGGUCAUGGCGGUAGUGGUGGGCAUGUUGGUAGUGGAAGUCAUGGUGGUUCUGGUGGUUCUGGUAGUGGUUCGGGAGGAAAGGGCGGUUCUGGUGGUUCUGGCAGUGGUUCGGGAGAAAAGGGUGGUUCUGGUGGUUCUGGUAGUGGUUCGGGAGGAAAGGGUGGUUCUGGUGGUUCUGGCAGUGGUUCUGGAGAAAAGGGUGGUUCUGGCAGUGGUUCUGGAGAAAAGGGUGGUUCUGGUGGUUCUGGUAGUGGUUCUGGAGAAAAGGGUGGUUCUGGUGGUUCUGGCAGUGGUUCUGGAGAAAAGGGUGGUUCUGGUGGUUCUGGCAGUGGUUCUGGAGAAAAGGGUGGUUCUGGUGGUUCUGGUAGUGGUUCUGGAGAAAAGGGUGGUUCUGGCAGUGGUUCGGGAGAAAAGGGUGGCUCAAAUAACAACAAUAACAAUAACAAUAACAACCACAACGACCCGCCUCCUCCAUAUGAAGCAGGAAAUAAUGGCUCACCACCCCCAUAUAACGCAUUUGCGGGCAACGGCCAUGCAGGGAGGUACAUAUACAAUGGACAUAACUACCAAUACGGAUACCCUGUAAGAUACUCUGGCAAUAGAUAUUACCCCCAAGGGUUGAUAUACCCAGUCAUGUAUGGAGGUGCAGCUGGCGCCCUCUUGAACGGCCAUGUUUAUCACACAUACACGUCAGACAGCACCCUCAUAUACUCCGAAGUACCCACGGUUUGUGGUACCAGUGUUUCCGCUAGUAACCAAGUAUCUGCUAGUAACCAAGUACCUGCUAGUAACCAAGUAUCUGCUAGUAACCAAGUCUCACAACCAUUGAGUACAUGUAUUCCUGGUGGAAGCAUGACGAUUCUUCAAAAUGAGCUGAUCACCAUUGAUUCCCAAAAGAUCAAGGGGGCCUCAUAUGAGACACUAUCACCAACAGGCUCCAGUAACACCAACGUCGCCUCUUCAAGUACCUCGGUCUCUACUAUAUCUACCUCAUCUAACACACACAAUGGUUCCCCUACCCUUACUUCGUCGUCUCUGUUAUGUUUCCUCCUUGUUUUGUUCACAAUUCUUUCUUAA